AGCAGGGUUAAAAUGGCCACAGCGAUAUACCUGGAGCAUUACCUGGACAGUAUUGAGGGUCUUCCCUUCGAGCUGCAGAGGAAUUUCUCCCUCAUGACCGAUCUGGACAACAGGACUGAAGAGAAGAAAGAGGAGAUUGAUGGUCUGGCGUCUGAAUACAUAGAGAACGUGAGGAACCUGUCGCCCGAGGAACGCGUGCAGCAUCUGAAGAAGAUCGAACUGGCCUAUAGCAAGUGUAAAGAGUUCAGCGAUGACAAAGUGCAGCUCGCCAUGCAGAUAUACGAACUGGUGGAUAAACACAUUCGGCGUCUGGACGCUGAUCUCGCGCGCUUCGAAAACGAGCUGAAGGACAAACUGGACUCGAGUGGCCCCGAGAGCUCCGACGACAAGAAGAGCAAAAAGAAGAAGAACCUGAAGGACAGAAGAGGAGGAAGUGGGAGAGAGAAGAACGGUUCUGAUCACGACUCUCCCAAACACAAAGCACAGAAGAACAGUGAGGUGCUGCUGAAUGUUCACUCGUCUGAUGUACUGGACAUGCCUGUAGACCCCAACGAGCCCACCUACUGUCUGUGUGCUCAGGUCUCCUACGGAGAAAUGAUCGGCUGUGACAACGCUGAUUGUCCCAUCGAGUGGUUUCACUUCACUUGUGUCGGUCUCACGACUAAACCCAAAGGAAAAUGGUUUUGUCCUCGCUGCACACAAGACAUGAAGAAGAAAUGAGGCCUGUGUUAUGGUUCUUGCACUUUAAUCAGAGCUUAUAUUUCACUCAGAGAGACGUUGUGAUUAAUCAACACCGACUUCCAAAAAUAAUUGUGAUUUUUUUUAAUGCAGAUUAUGCACUGUCCUGUUUGAACCAGGAAAUAAUUUUGUUAGAGAUUUUCUCUUUAACUGUGUAUUUUAUGAAUAAAGUUUCUUUAAGA